CCUGCACAGCGUGUCUCCUCGAGAAACCAGGAAGACAGACUGAUCCGCUGCUGUGCGCCAGGCACCAGGAUGUCGGUGAAGGAGGGCACCCAUGGCAAGUGGGCGGCGCUCAAGGAGAAGCUGGGUCCGCAGGACUCGGACCCCACAGAGGCCAACCUGGAGAAUGCAGAGCCAGAGCUGUGCAUCCGGCUGCUGCAGGUGCCUUCCGUGGUCAACUACUCAGGAAUGCGCAAGCGCCUGGAAAGCAGCGAUGGUGACUGGAUGGUGCAGUUUCUGGAGCAGAGUGGCCUGGACCUGUUGCUUGAGGCCUUGGCACGCCUGUCCGGGCGCGGGGUAGCACGCAUUUCCGAUGCGCUCCUACAGCUCACCUGCAUCAGCUGUGUGCGCGCUGUCAUGAACUCGCAGCCCGGAAUCCGCUACAUCCUCAGCAACCAGGCCUAUGUGCGCCAGCUGUCCCAGGCUCUGAACACUACCAACAUGAUGGUCAAGAAGCAGGUGUUCGAGCUGCUGGCCGCCCUGUGCAUGUACUCCCCGGAGGGCCAUGCCCUAGCGCUGGACGCGCUGGACCAUUACAAGACCGUGUGCAGCCAGCAGUACCGCUUCAGCGUCAUCAUGAGUGAGCUGGCGGGUGCCGACAACGUGCCCUACACGGUCACCCUGCUCAGCGUGGUCAACGCCAUCAUCUUGAGUCCCGAGGACCUGCAUGUCCGCACCCAGCUGCGUGGCGAGUUUGUGGGUCUGCAGCUGCUGGACCUGCUGACCCGGCUGCGGACACUGGAAGACGCGGACCUGCUGAUCCAACUGGAGGCCUUCGAGGAGGCCAAGGCGGAGGAUGAGGAGGAACUGCUGCGUGUCAGCGGGGGCCUGGACAUGGGUAGCCACCAGGCUGUGUUCGCCUGCCUGUUCCACAAGGUGAGCUGCUCGCCAGUGUCGGCCCAGCUGCUGGCACUGCUGCAAGGGCUCUUGCACCUCGAGCCCAGCCUGCGCUCCGGGCAGCUGCUGUGGGAGGCGCUCGAGGGUCUGGUCAGCCGGGCCGUGCUCCUGGCCAACGAUGCCCAGAUGUGCUCCGUGGAGGAGGUGGUGGAGCGGCUCCUCCCAGUCAAGGCGGGACCUCACCCCAGGCCUCUGGACAGAGCCCACAAAAGUGUCCAGGCCAACAUGGGCCAGAGCCGGAGGGACAGCACCCCAACAACCAGUGGCGCCCCUGAGGCAGAUGGGGAAGGACACCCUCCUCCAGAGCAUCAGCGGCUCAGUGUGGAGGAAGCUCCGCCCCUGCCUGCGUCCCCAGCACCCAGGCUGGAGUCCAUCUCUCCCCCGGUGCCCCCGCCACCCCCUCCUCCACCUCCACCUCUCCCUGUCAUACAGUGCUCGCCCCCUCCACCGCCACCCCCUCUGCCAGGCCUGGUUGGGGCUCCGCCACCACCUCCUCCACCCCCUCUGCCAGGCCUGGGUGGGUGCCCGCCGCCACCUCCACCCCCUCUGCCAGGCCUGGGUGGGUGCCCGCCACCUCCUCCACCCCCUCUGCCAGGCCUGGGUGGGGGCCCGCCACCACCGCUGUCCCUGCCUAGCAUGGAGGAGGUGGUCGUGGCGCAGGUGGAUCACGGUCUGGGUUCGGCCCAGGUCCCCAGCCAUCGGCGCGUGCAGCCUCCUGCACUGCGCAUGAAGAAGCUCAACUGGCAGAAGCUGCCGUCCCACGUGGCCCACGAGCAAAGCUCCAUGUGGGCGUCGCUGAGCUGUGCGGAGGCCACAGUGCUGGAGCCCGACUUCUCCAGCAUCGAGCGCCUCUUCUCCUUCCCCAUGGCUAAGCCCAAGGAGCCCUCAGCCACCGCAGCUCGCAGGGAGCCCAAGGAGAUCACUUUUCUGGAUUCCAAGAAGAGCCUGAACCUCAACAUCUUUCUGAGGCAGUUUAAGUGCUCCAAUGAGGAGAUUGUGGCCAUGAUCCGCACUGGGGACACUUCGAGGUUGGACGUGGAGAUCCUCAAACAGCUGCUCAAGCUGCUCCCCGAGAAGCACGAGGUCGAGAACCUGCGUGCCUUCACCAAGGAUCCUGCCCAUCUGGCGAGCGCCGACCAGUUCUACCUGCUGCUGCUAAGUGUCCCCUGCUACCCACUGCGGGUGCAGUGCAUGUUGCUCUGUGAGGGGACCGCCACGCUGCUCACCAUGGUACAACCCAAGGCCCAGCUGGUGCUCGACGCCUGCCAUAGUCUGCUCAGCAGCCAGCAGCUGCCUGCCUUCUGCCAGCUGAUCCUGAAAAUCGGCAACUUCCUCAACUAUGGCAGCCACACGGGGGAUGCUGACGGUUUCAAGAUGAGCACGCUGCUCAAGCUCACAGAGACCAAGUCCCAGCAGAGCCGUGUGACCUUGUUACACCAUGUGCUGGAGGAAGUGGAGAAGAGUCACCCAGACCUCCUAAAACUACCCCAGGAACUGGAGCAGCCCUCACUGGCGGCAGGGAUCAACCUGGAUGUGCUCCACGCCGAGUUGAGCUCCAACCUGCAGAAGCUGGAGGAGAUGGCACGGAAGGUGUGUUCAGCCGAGCCAGAGGUGCAGCAGCAGUAUUGUCAGCAGCUCCAGGCCGGCAUCCAGGCCUCGAGGAAGGUGGAGGAGCUGUUUCAGGCCAUUGAACAGCAGAAGCUGGCCCUGGCCGCCUACCUGUGUGAAGACCCCCACCAGCUGUCCCUGGAAAGCACCUUCAGCACGAUGAAGGCCUUCCGGGACCUCUUCAUCAGCGCCCUGAAGGAGAACAAGGCCCGGAAGGAGCAGGCCGCCAAGGCUGAGCGGAGGAAGCAGCAGCUGGCCGAGGAGGCGGCGCAAAGACCGCCCGGCGAGGAGGGGAAGCCUGGCAGGAAGGGCGACCGGCAGGAGGAGGUAUGCGUCAUUGAUGCUCUACUGGCCGACAUCCGCAAAGGUUUCCAGCUGCGAAAGACCAACCGUGGCCGCUGGGAUGUUGAGGGCGGCAGCAAGGCAGCCCCUGCUGGUCCUCCAAAGGCCAAGGAGCCUGCGGGCCCCGGUGAUUCUGCCGGGAGCUCCAACAUCCCCACCAUGGAUCCUGGUUCUCAGGCCCCAGCGGCCAGGGAGGCCCAGGGCACAGACCUUUUGGACGCACCUGAGGCAGCCCCAAAGGAGGAGGGUGGCCCCCCAGCUCUGGAGCGACGCUCGUCCUGGUACACGGAUGCCCACGAGUUCCUGCUCCCUGAGAACAUGCCAGACCCCACGCCCUGCACCGGGGCUGGGCCAGAGCCCAGCACACAUCUGGGCAUCUGCCAGGCUGAGGCGGACAGUUCGGGUCCCCAAGGGGAAAUGCAUGAUGAGGACACUGGUCCCGACUCUGCACUGGACACAUCACUGGAUAGAUCCUUUUCCGAGGACGCUGUGACCGACUCCUCUGGUUCUGGCACCCUCCCCCGGACACGUGGACGGCCCUCGAAGGGCACAGGCAAGCGAAGGAAGAAGCGGUCAUUGAGAAGUCAGGAAGAGGUCGAGCCUGACCCCACGGCUAAUAAAUCAGAUAGGCUGUGUGCCCUCCAGUGAGGCCGCAGGCCCCAGCAUAAAGCCAACUGAGUGUCAAAUCUUGGGGAAUCCCCGUCCUCAUGCCUUAUGCAGCCACUGCCCGAGCCUUCGAAGCACAGUUGCUGGGACUAGCCCUUGUCUGCACCGCCGCAGCCCGCUUGCCAGUGCCCGAGCUGCCCUGCAUGUGCCUGUCAACUUCAUAGGAGGGGCCCAGGCCCUUGGUCAGUACCGACACAUGCCACUGCCCCUCCGUGCUGUGUCUGCUCAGCUAGCCUGAAGCAAGGUUGUCUCCAAAGGAGGCCUUUAUGCUGUGUGCCUGGCCGAGGGGGGUCACAGGGUGCCAGAGGGCAGCACUGCAGGACAGGACCCUACACCCUGCUCAAGAUACUGGAACCCUAGAGCUCGCCUAGUCUAUCUGCACACAACAGCUGCCUGUACCCUUCUCCAGCAGCAGGGGCACCUGCUCUCUGAGAGUGCAGAAGGCCCCUCUCUGCCGCCCAGCCUAGCACAACCCACCUCUCCCCAGGCGUAAACCCAGGUGGCAGGGAUGUUGCCAAUAAAGAACAAGGUUGGCCUCAGGCA